AUGGAGAAAUUCAUCACCGACCAUGAGGCCAUGGGCGAAAAGGCCGAGAUCGCCCACGAGGAGGUUGUGCAGAUCGCCCAGCUGACCGACGAGGAGAAGGUGCUGGAGAGGACGCUGCGUCGGCGGAUUGAUUCGCUGAUCAUGCCGUUGGUUAUUCUCGUUUACCUGAUGAAUUAUAUCGAUCGAAACAACUACGCCGCGGCCAAGCUGCAGGGUCUACAGCAGGACCUGUCGCUGGUCGGGUCGGACUACGAAACGGGCCUCUCGAUCCUCUUCGUCGGAUACAUCCUGAUGCAAGUCCCGUCUAACAUGCUCCUCAACUACAUGGGCCGCCCGUCGCUGUAUCUCGGCUUCUUCACGAGCGCGUGGGGGCUCGUCUCCGCGCUGACCAGCCAGGUGACCAGCUACGGGGGCAUCGUGGCGUGCCGGUUUAUCCUCGGCUUGGUGGAGGCGCCGUUCUUCGCGGGCGUGCUGUUCUACCUGUCCAAGUGGUAUACCAAGAAGGAGCUGGCGCUGCGCAUGAGCAUCUUCUACUCGGGCUCGCUGCUCAGCGGGGCCUUCGGGAACCUGAUCGCGGCGGGGAUCCUCGACGGCCUGGCUGGCAAGCAGGGCAUGUCGGCGUGGCAGUGGCUGUACAUCAUCGAGGGGUCGAUCACCGUGGCCAUCGGGCUGGCGAUCUGUCUCGUGCUGCCGGAUUUCCCCGAGACGUGGAAGCUGCUGACGCCGGAGAUGAAGCAUGUCGCGAACCGGCGGCUGGCCAUCGAGGCGGCCGAGGCGGACGUGGACGAGGGCGGCAGCGCGACGCAGCUGAAAGGGCUGAAGCUGGCGUUCACGGACAUCAAGACGUACGCGCUGGCGAUCAUAUACAUGGCGAUCGCGGCGGCGAGCGGGUUCCAGAACUUCUUCCCGACGCUGACGGAGACGCUGGGGUACAGCCACACGAUCUCGCUGCUGCUGGUGGCGCCGCCGUACGUGUUCAUGGUGUUCUACAGCCUGCUGCACUCGUGCCUGUCGGAUCGGUAUGAGCAUCGGUUCUGGUUCCUUGUGGCGCCGAUCCCGCUCACGAUCGUGGGGUUCAUCAUCUUCAUGGCGACGGACUCGUUCGGGCCGCGGUACUUCAGCUUCUUCCUGAUGAUCUUUGUGUUCGCGCAGAACGGCACGCUGUAUUCGUGGAUCGCCAACGCCAUCCCGCGCCCGCCCGCCAAGCGCGCCGCCGCCUACGCCUUCAUCAACUCGGUCGCCAACUCCGCCAGCAUCUGGACUCCCUACACCUACAACGAUGCCCCCUACUACCGCCUGGCCAUGGGGGUGUGCAUCGGCAUGCAGAUCCUGGGCGCCGUCACCGCGACGUUCCUGUAUCUGCAUCUGCGGGCGUUGAACCAGCAACUCGAGCGGCUGGAGAACGAGGCCACGAUCCUGACGGAGAGAGAGCUUCGUCGCCUGCAGCAGACGGCGGACGUGGAGGGCAUCGAUAUCGCCGCCGCGCGACGGCUCCAGAAGGGAUUCCGAUAUGUGACAUGA